UUGCGUACACGUUAGCGUGUACCUAGACACAGCGUUCUAACGCUAACGCCUAACGCACUCUACCGGCUGCCAUAUUGAUUUAAUUUUGAUAGCAUAUUUGAAUGCCCUAUUUUGGCUUGGCAUCUUUUCUUUUCUGAUAUUUGUUUAUUUAUUGUUUACAAUUUACAAAAGGUAAACAUAUAUACUAAAAAUCAUGUUUGUUCAAACUCAAACUGAAGUAAAACAGGAAAUUUCUGAGACAACUUGCAAAAGAGAAGUAGAUGAAGUUCUAGAGGAUGCCUUUAAAAUAGAAAUCAAGGAGGAGCCUACCAGGGAAAGUACAAAUUAUGAUGCAUUUGAUUAUUUAGACGUUAAGAAAUGUUCUAUAAAAGCUGAAAUCAAACAAGAUGAUGGUUUCUCUUGUAAAGAUAUGAAAAUUGAUGAUAAAAGUCUCUUAACAAAUGAAGAUAGAAGUUACAAUAAUUUGAACCAGUGUAUAUCUUCUACUACCAACGAGGACAAGAGAGGACAUCGUUUUAUAUGUAUCAUUUGCCAAAAACGAUUGACAAACAAUUAUUGUUUACAACUACAUAUGAGGAUACACACUGGGGAUAAACCUUUUGCAUGUAAAAUUUGCACCAAACAGUUUUCAACGAAACCACUUUUAAAAUUACAUAUGAGAGUGCAUACUGGUGAAAAACCAUUUGAAUGUGAAAUUUGCGCCAAACAUUUUUCAUCAAAGAGUAAUUUAAAAGCACAUGUGAGAGUGCAUACUGGUGAAAAACGAUUUGAAUGUGAAAUUUGCACCAAACAGUUCUCAACGAAACCACUUUUAAAAUUACAUAUGAGAGUCCAUACUGGUGAAAAACCAUUUGAAUGUGAAAUUUGCGCCAAACAAUUUUACUCAAAUAGUAAUUUAACAGCGCAUAUGACAGUGCAUCCUGGUGAAAAACCAUUUGAAUGUAACAUUUGCACCAAACAGUUUUCGACCAAAUCACUUUUAAAAUCGCAUAUGAGAGUUCACACUGGUGAAAAACCAUUUGAAUGUAAAAUUUGCAUCAAACAGUUUUCAAACAAACCACUUUUAAAAUUGCAUAUGACGGAGCAUACUGGUGAAAAACUAUUUGAAUGUGAAUUUUGCACGAAACACUUUUCAACAAAGAGUUAUUUAUUAAUGCAUAUGACAUUGCAUACUGAAGAAAAACCAUUUGAAUGUGAAAUUUGCAAGAAACAAUUUCCAAUGAUAUUAUAUUUAAAAUCACAUAUGAGAGUGCAUACUGGUCGAAAACCAGUUCAAUGCGAAAUUUGCACCAAACGGUUUUUAACAAAGUAUUAUUUAAAAAUACAUAUGAAAUUGCAUACUGGUGAAAAACCAUUUGAAUGUGAAAUUUGCACCAAACAAUUUUCAUCAAAGAGUAAUUUAAAAACACAUAUGAGAGUGCAUACUCGUGAAAAACGAUUUGAAUGUGAAAUUUGUACCAAAAAGUUUUCAUCGAAACAAGUUUUAAAAUCGCAUAUGAGAGUGCAUGCUGGUUGAGAACCAUUUGAAUGUGAAAUGGACCGCGAUAGUCAUGACGUCAAAUUAAUGUUGGCUGCUCUGGAAUAAUUUCUAAACAAAACAGAAAUGUGUCAAAAAUUCACACAUGGUGUUAUUUUAGUUUUUAUAAUUGGAAUAUAUUGCUUGUAGGUGUAGGAUGUUUAAUUUUUACAAAAUGGUAAUGUUUUGGGUACCCACGAUUGUAAUCAAUGCUCAUAAUAUAUUUUCCACCAUAUUUCCAAAUAGGACAAGUUAAGGACCUAAAGAAACGCAGUAAGUAGGGGAGACCGGGGUUGGUUGUCAUAAAUUCGCCUAUUACAUUUUUUUUAAGAUUAGUACAUAUUACUUGUUUUGAAAAGUUCGCAUUACCGUAAGAUAAAGUGAACAUUACUUCAAUAUUCUCUUUUUUUCUAGACCUCUAGGUGUAUUCCAACAUACUCAUAUAAAAUAAUAAGAGUAGCUCUACAACCUAUGUCAAUUUACCCCGUGAUUGGGGCAAAUUGUCAUAGCCCUUGGGGUAGGUUGGCAUAUAGGUAUAAAACAUAACUACACUUGUACAACAUGCAAAGGAACAGUAAUCAAUAAUAGGUAGGUGUAUAAAAUAAUAGAAGUCGAAAAAAUAUGGGUAAAUGUAUUUAAUAAGAAAGUAUUAAUUCAAACAACUUUAAUUUUUUUAUUAAUAAAAUAAUUAGAAAUGUGUAUUUAGAAAUAUUGUUAGUAUUCAUCACAAUCGCAGUUUAGAUAUCUAUAUGGCACAAUAUUGCCAUCAGGGCAUUUGAAGUGUGCUGAAAAGUUGCAUUCAAUGCAUUCGAUUCACUGUUCUUCAAGGCGGCUAUUGGAAUGUGGCUCCAUUCAAACUAGACAGAAAGCAUUAUCCUGGUCUGAGUCUUUAUCUGAAGAUACUGUUAAUGGACGCUUCUUCUUUAUUUUUCUCUUGAAUAAAUCUUUUUUUGGCAUUAUCAACCGUCGCGCUGCCUUUUUCUCUCUUCUAAAGCUCUUUGGAUUGGUGUGUCUGUGAGAAUUUCAGUGGGACGUAUUUCUCUUCCUCGUUCGGUAUUUGUUUUUCUGUCGCUAGUUUUUCCUGUUUUCCUGUUUUCCUUUUAUAGGUUAGCAGGGUUACGUCUGCAAAUAAUUAGAUAAUAUAAUUAGACAAUACUUUUGUUAAAAAUACUCGAUUUCAUAAUGAUGAUAUGGGGCAGGUUGGCACAACGUGACAACCUGCCCCAUUCAUAAAAUGCCAACCAACCCCGAUGGCGGUUUUUUAACUAAAAUGGCUCACACGUGUUUACGAAUUCACCCUAACAACACAAAACUUUCCAGGAAUGUACUAUCAAAGUCCUAUUAAUGUUUGAAUGUCCUGGACAUUCAAGGAACAUUCGGUGAACAUCUGAUUAAGUUAUUCGUGGAAUGUUACCACAAAACAUUCUAUGAACAUACUACCAAUGUCCUAUAUUUUAAGAGAGGCCAUUUACUAUUCAAUUUGCAUUCAUUUUCAAAUUUGCCUCGCGUGUAUAUUAUGUAUUUAGGCAAUCCAAGCCACGUGACUUCUGGUUGGCAUACAACAAAAAGUUACAGGUUACAGAGGUUAUGUUUGUAAUAUCAUUUCAUUUCAUUGUUUAUCGUCGUAUUUUGUCUAUUUUGGAUUCAUUUGGAUUUCGUUUGCUGUAUUUAGUGAACUUUAUAAACUUUAUCACACUGCAAAGUGAUUAUUUAAGGAAAUUAUUAUUUUAAACUCCAGACGUUUGGAGAAAGGUAGGGGAAACAAUUUUUAUUUACUGUUCAUUUUUCUCUGAUAUUUAUCAAUAUUCAUGAAUUUUGCAAGCAAUAACAUUAUUUCUUUUGUGAUUUGAGAGUUGUGAUUUCUGAGCUUCACUGAAGACGCAUAAGGAUGCUGAAAUAGCUAUAUGGAGAUGGUGGUCCAACUCUGAAUCAAAUAUAAACAAAACCUGCCUCGAACCCCUUUUUCAUUAUUUCUUUUAUUUUUUUACAUAUUUAUUGAAGCUGAAAAUAAUUGGGGAUUUAGAUCCAUAUACAAUUCAGUCAGAAUUGGAUUUUACCAUAAAGUGCAUUCCACCAAAUUACUAUUAUAGAUAUUUAUCCAUUAUAAAUAGUUGAUUAUAUCUGGUGGAGUCUCACAGUUACUACUCUAAGCAAGAGAUGAAAGCCUUCAGGCACAUAAAUAUUUUACAGCUGGAUUUGUUUUAAAGUUAGAAGUCACAAGCAACAACUUCGUAAGUACCUACAAGAAUAUCGAGGAAAUCCAGCUCCUCGAUACUACUGGGCAAACUAGAAGAUUGAAGAGGACAAAGCCUUUUGAACUAGUUUGAGUGAUAUGUGAUAGUGAAAAGCAGAGCAUAAUGCUUGUGUGCUUGUGUAUGUUAGAAUAGUGCGGUUAGAAAAGCAGGCAUAGUGCUUGUGUGCCUGUUAGAUUAGAUAAGAGACGCUAUGGGGUAAGCUCUUCAUCUUCAUUUUAAGGAACAGUAGUAAUUUAGGUUAAAUUAAAAUUGCUCAUUGGUCAGAGUUAUAACCUGAUUGUAAUUGUAAUGUACAAUUCAAUACAAUGAAUCGUCAUCGUAGUAAUGAUUAUGGAAAAAAAUAUAUGACAAGAUUUUGUGCAAUAAAAAUGUUUAUAUUUA